AGUUCAAGUCCCAGGACCGGCACACUUACAAAAACGGAGGAGACUCACCCCAGCUUUUCCCUUCAGGGGACCCAGCGGCAGAGCCGCCAUGGCGGCGGGUGGACGUGGUGUUCGAUUGCUUCUUGGUGACGGAGGGCGGCUCCCCGGGGGCUUGGGCAGCGAGCGGCCCCCGGGAGAAGGCCUCGCUGGUGCUGAAGGGCGUGUCAGCGCCCGAUGACGGCUCCCUGGAAGGCCUCACGGAUUUCCAGGGGGACCCAGUGACCCCGGGGGACCCCUCGGCCAGUUUCCAAGCCUCAGUGGAGCAGGUCCGGGUGCCCGGGGCCGCGGCCUUCGUCCACGCUGAGUGUCAGGGGCAGCCGGUGGCCUGCGAGAUCGCCCCCUACAUCCUGGGGAGCAACCUGGGGGCCCCCUGCUUCAUCGCCAAUGUGCAGCUGCUUGGACAGGGGCCCAGUCUCUCCCUCCUCAUGAAGGCUCUUGGGGGUGCUGAGAACGCCGUGCUGAACCCAGGCCCCGGCCCCCCACAGAAGAUGAAGACGGCAGUGGAAUUCCUGGUGGCCACAGAGACCCCGUCUCUGACUUUGCCGCUGGGCUCUUCUGGGGCUCUGCACUGUGGCUUUUCCAUGGCGCCCGGCCUGCAGCUGCUCAGCGUUCACUGGCGGCGACAGCACAGAGCAGGGCAGCUGGUGUACAGCUGGGCGGCGGGGCAGGGGCAGGCGGCGCGGGAGGACACAGCGCUGGAUCCCACGCGGCUCCUCGCGGCUGGGGACGCCACCCUCACCCGCCGCCUCACGCUGAAGGACGAGGGGACCUACGUGUGCCAGGUGACCACCACGCUGUACCAGGCCCAGCAAGUCAUCCAGCUCAGCAUCCACGCUCCCCCCAAAGUCCGGGUGAGCGUGGCAGAGACAGCGGCCCUGCCCACCGUGGUGUGCACCGUGAGCGGCUACUACCCCCUGCACGGGGUGGCGUGGACGCGGGAGGACGUGGGAGGAGCCCCAGCCCCGGUGGCGGACGCCUCCUUCUCCAGCCUCAGGCAGAGCAUGGCGGGCACCUACAGCAUCUUCUCCCUGCGGGUGGACGCCGGCCCCGCGGGCGCCAUCUACACCUGCGAGGUCACCCACAGCUCCCUGGAGGAGCCCCUGCGGGCCAGCGCGAGGCUGGACCCACGCCCAGAGGCAGCAAGUUUUCUUCCCGAGGUCGGCCAAGCCCCUGAGGUACACGGCGUAGCCAUCUUCCUCCUCCUCACUUCUGGCAAUGAAGAGCAGGCCCGUUCUUCUACAAGACCUGACACCACCGUGAACGGCACCCGUGGCGCAUGCCUGUCAUCCCAGCCGCUCAGGAGGCUGAGAUCUGAGGAUCGUGGUUCAAAGCCAGUCUGGACCCUGCCGUCCUCGGGGCCCACGGUGUGUGCGUGA